AUGGUCACUUCACGCCGUUUGAUUCAACCCAAGGUGUGCAGGGACGCUGUCCACGGUGUUCGCCACCUCUCUACCACACAACUUGUCCGAAGCCCACCGCACCCUUCAUCGGCUUCGGUAUCUUCAGCUGUAUCUUCCUCAGCUGCCACAUCCACAAAGUCCCCUUUGUCAGUCUUGCCGACUGGCGUACUUCUCAGAUCAUUCUUUAUCAACGCGGUCUCCUCAAGACCGUACCUCCUAUCCCCGUCCCUCUACAUCCUUUCCAAAAUCUCCAAAUCUAAAAGCGGCGUCAUUCUCAACGUCGACCGAAAUCCAUUGCUACGAUGGAUUAUGAAGAAUACCUUUUACAAGCAGUUCUGCGCUGGCGAGAGCGGGCGUGAGACUCGCUCUACUAUGGACCUGCUGCAGAACCUUGGCUUCCGCGGCACGAUUCUCACCUACGCCAAGGAAACUGUCUUCGACUUCCACUCCAACAGCAGCUUCGGCCAGGGCGUCUCCAACUCCGCGAAGGAGGGCGAGAAAUGCCCUAGCAUUGAGGCCUGGAGAACUGGAAACAUGGAAACCGUCAGCCUUCUCCAGGAGGGAGAUCAGUUGGCGAUGAAACUUUCUGGAGCUGGACCCCGAGUCACCAACGCAUUUGCAGAGGGCAAGGCGCCCCCUCAGCAGUUUCUCGAUGCUCUCGAGGAGAUCUGCUCCAACUGCAACGCCCGCAAAGCCCAAAUCCUCGUCGACGCCGAGUCCCAGCAAUUCCAAUGGGGCAUCAUGCGCGUCACCAUCGAUCUCAUGCGAAAGUACAACACCACCGACAAGGCUUUGAUCUUCAACACCUACCAGGCAUACCUCAAGAGCACACCCAGCACCCUCCGCACCCACAUGCAGACAGCCCUCGAUGAAGGAUUCACUCUCGGCGUCAAGGUCGUCCGCGGCGCCUACAUGGCCUCGGACCCCCGCGGCCUCAUCCACGACACCAAGGAGAACACCGACGACGCCUACAACGCCAUUGCCCAGGGAUUCCUGAAGCAGCAGUACGAGGGCUUCGGAGUCAACGGACGUGCCUUCCCCGCCUCCAACCUGUUCCUGGCCAGCCACAACAAGUUCAGUCUGGUGGAGGCGUACAAGACGCACAUGUCCCAGAAGCGACAGGGCCUCCCCACGGUGCCCGUCGGCUUCGCCCAGCUGCACGGCAUGUCCGACGACGUGAGCUUCGAGCUGCUCAAGAUGAAGGCCAGCGACGCCGGCCUGGAGACGCCCGACAUCUACAAGUGCUCCACCUGGGGCACGCUCAAGGAGUGCAUGGCGUACCUGAUGCGGCGCGCGGCGGAGAACAGAGACGCGGUGGGGAGGACCGUGGACGAGUACGCGGCACUCAAGACGGAGCUGGGCAGGCGGAUGGGACUGUCUGUCUAA